AUGGGGGCAUUUGAAGAGGACGUGGGGAUGCUGCUUUCCUUCGAUACCCCGGAGCUGGGGGAGUUCAAGGAGGUGGGAAAGAAGGCCAUAUACAGAACAUGUGUAAAGGUGUCCCAUGCCUCUUCCCUGGAAGGGGCGAAGCGAGCAGUUCAGAGAGGGGCGACGGCUGUCAUUUUUGACGUGUCUGAAAACUCUGAUGCCAUUGAUCAGCUAAACAAGUUAGCAGAGGACCCUCUGAAGAGGCCGGUGGUUUAUGUGAAGGGGGCCGAUGCUGUUAAGCUGAUGAACAUAGUCAACAAGCAGAAAGUGGCCCGCGCCAGGAUCCAGCACAGACCACCGAGGCAGCCUACAGAGUACUUUGACAUGGGGAUCUUCCUGGCCUUCUUCGUAGUGGUGUCUCUGGUCUGCCUCGUGCUGCUCAUCAAGAUCAAACUAAAACAGAGAAGAAGCCAGAGUUCUAUGAAUAGGAUGGCCAUCCAGGCCCUGGAGAAGAUGGAGACCAGGAAGUUCAAGGCCAAGGCCAAGGGUCAGCGUGAGAGCAGCUACGGAGUGUCUGAUUCACUGAGCAGUAGCUCCACCUCUGACUGUGCCAUCUGUCUGGAGAAGUACAUAGAUGGAGAG